AUUAGAUCUAAGCUACCUCCUCUUUUACCUCCAUGAACAGAGUCCAUUCAUUUUCCGACUCUUAUUGAUUAUCCAACCCAGAUUCAUAAAUUGUUCUGUCAAGGAUUGAUUCAUGGAAGAGAUUUUCAGCCACAUGGAUGGAAAAUUUGAAGUGACUCUAACAGAUUCCACAAUGAUGUGGAUUGUGCACUGUGCAAUGAACAGAGCUCAAGAGAAGAUGAAGACCAAGAAAGGAGUUAUAGAGCGUUUGAAUGAGAUCUCCAAAUUCUAUGAGUUGGCUGUGUUGCAGCUUGAAGGCUGUCUUAGUUUUGUGCAGACUGAGACAGAAAGAAACAGCUUUCUUGAUACCAAUCACCAACAGGUUGUUUCUGACUUGAGAGAAAUCAAAGACCGCCUCCAACGACGGCUUGAGGAAUCAGAAAUGGCCAUCUCCCAGAAGGAUAGAGAGUUGACAGAGAGAUUAGAGAAUGAGUUCAAGCAGAGGCAGCAGCAGCAACCGCCAUUAGUGGAGCUGCAAGAAAGAGAAAUGGCUUCUUUUGGUCUUAACAUUGAACUGGAAAACACAAAUUCAAAGAAUCAUGACAGUGAUGAACAUGAUGGUUCUUCUUAUGAAAAGAUGAAAACUUCUGCAGAUCAGCAAAUGAUGAACAUCAGUGAAACAUCUGAACCAAAUGUAGGUGAGGUACCACAUAGUGGCAUUGACACCAAGAAGGUUGAAGAAAUGGGCUGUGAUAUAGACAUACUGAAGCAAACUUUGGAUGUUGCUUUUGAGAAGAUUCAGAAUGCUAUUUUCAUCAGUGAAAUGGGGCCAAAAGACCAACAAUGGAAGCUAACAACCGAGAAGGAGAUACAGUCCAUCUUAGUGAAAAGUUACAUGACUGAAUUCCAAGAGAAUAUUGAAUCAGAAGUGAAAAUGCAAGGGAUGCAAGUUCUGAGAAACUGGUGGGACCAUUGGUCACAGUUGAUGAAUGAGGUCACAAGCUUAAAGCAUGAACUCGAACUUUUUGUUAGCCAAAAUGAGUUCCAUAGUGAGGAUUACAGCAACAGUUCAGUCCUGUUUUCCCAAGAAAAUGUUUCUCAGGAAAUGGUAGGAAAGCCUGCAUCAGAACAAAGUGGUCAUCUGAAGUUACAAGAAGAUGAAGGUACUGAAGAUGAAAGAAACUUAGUCGCCAAAAUGGUGAAGAAGCAUCAAUCCAUUACUCGCCGAAAGAGUGAAGAACUGAAUAUAAGUAAGUAUGGAUUAUUACUACAAGAAAAGAGAGUUUCACCAACAAAGAAAGAAAAGGAGCUGAUGAGUAGCAUGAAAGACACAAUGCAAAAUAUUUCUUCAAGGUUAGACAACUUAAUGACAUGGAAUUCUACAGUAAGCAAAUUUCUUUUUGACCGACGAGUUGCUGAUCAUCAAGAAAUGAAUGAAUGUACCUUAAAAAGUGCCUGGGAGAAUAUGAAAGGAAUCUCUAAUGCAAGAAAUGAAGAACAAGAAAAUAAAAAUAUGUUGAAUAGAGAUAAAGAAGAUAAGCUAUCAGAAAAGAAGUCCUUGGACCAAGGUGUGGUUGAGGAAUUUCAUAACAAAUCCUUCAAUUCUGACAUAGAGAACCAAAUAGAGGAGGGUUUAUUUAAAUUCUACUUAGAAGAAACAAUCAAAGAUUGGAAUGAUUGUAUUGAAAGGGAAUGCAUUGAAAGCCAGAUCAGAGAGGAGUUAUAUUUCACUGUAUUAUCUGAGUCAGCUAAGGAUCUUAUCUGUUCUGCUCAAGAGACUAGCAAAGUAGAUGAAACAGAUAAAACCAUAAGAGAGGAUAUAGGCAAGCUAGUCUAUAAGGGAAUGAUAGGAGAAUACAACAUCGCAUUAGAAGAUUAUAGCGCUUCGAUGGAAUAUAGAGUAGGUGCAAUUCGAGAUAAUUUCCUCAACCAUUUACAGCUCAUGAGCAUAGAAAGUCUUGUAAAGGAAGAUAUAUGUAUGGUUGUUCUAAGAUGCAUGCUCAUGGAAUGGAAGAUAGAGUUAGAAAAUUACUACUUAGAGAACCUUAUUAAGGAACAAUUACAUCAGUUCAUAGUGGUUGAAACAAUGAGAGAGGCCAUCAUAAUGCCUAUGGAAGUCAAGUCACAACAUGUCCAAGAUAAAACUAUGGAAGAAGGUGCUCAAUCCAUGAUGAUGUUAGAUCAAGUACACCAGGUUCAAAGUGAAGAGAAGUUUAUUAAAAUUUUGUUAGAGUCUUUACUGAACUGUUUUCAAGCAGAGGAGAACUUGAUGUUAAGUGCAAAAUCAGAGAUCAAGGAACAUAGCAGGCAACUUGACUUGGGUUCAGAACGAGGCGAGUUACAUGAGCAUGAAAUUUUCGAGGAUUUGAUAAUUGGAGAGGAACAGACUUUCUAUUCCUUGACUAACAAGGUAGAGAAAGCAUUGCAACAAUUAGGCACAAGCAAGGAACUUCUAAGUGAGUUGGGCACUACUUUAAGCCUUAGAUUAUGCAACUCAGAGAAAAAUCUUGAUCAAACAACGACACGAGAAGGAGAAAAGUCAAUGUCAGAUUUGUCACCUUUAUUUUACUUCUUGCAUACAUUUACAGAAUUUGAGGGCGGGGUAAACCAAAAGCUAGAGAUAGAGACCGUGAGAUUAGAAAGCAUGAACUAUUGUUUGGAAUUAGUUGCUGAGUCGAUUGGUUGCUUGAGAAGCAAGACAUCAACUUUUCAGAAAGCCUUCGCUAGAAGAUGCCAAAAUCUCCAAAAAGCCGAACUUGAGACCAUAAACAUUGCAGAGACAAGCGGUAAAAGCAGAGGAAAUCAUAGGGAGGAAGACAAAACUUUGUUUGGAAGUCUGUUGUGUGCCACUUUGAAGCAUCAAACUUGUUUUGCUCGUAGAGGAUUAGAAGACAAGGAGAAAUAUAACAGAUAGAAUGGUAUGGAUGAAUGAGAAGCGAGGAAGGAAGAAACCAGUUUAAUGGAAAACGAAGAGAUGGUUAUGCGUGCUCAAGGAGAUAAUCUGCUCCUGUCUCUGCUUGUUCAUUGUCCAAGGAAGAAAGACAAAAGAAAAAGCUGCUUCGCGUACCAUGGAGUAAAAUUUUCAGUUAGGUCCCGUGGUAGAGAGAAAAACUUCCAUAUAUGUAAAUUAUUCAUUCAUAACAUGACUAUCCAUUUAAAAAU